AUGGCUUCAACAACAUCGCCUUUUCGAUUCGUCUUUCUCUUCUCAGUCAUCGGUCUCGUGUCCACGUCAGCUCCACGUCUUUCUCUGAAGCUCGUACCUUCAAAUCCGAUACAUGCUCUGCAGAUUCCAGAGGGAAGGACUGAUUACUUGCGUGUCAAGGCAAACCCUAGUUCCUCCCACCCUGGUUACUUGGGAGACAAGGAAACUCCCAAAACCGUCAAUUCGCGAGUUAUUCCUUUCCCGGGUGUAUCAUGGUUCUUGGCAAACAUCUCCAUAGGCGAACCUCCGCUCUCUCAGCUAUUUCUCAUCGACACGGGCAGCGAUCUCACGUGGUUGCAGUGCCUUCCCUGCAAAUGUUACCCUCAAACCAUUCCUUUUUACAGCCCUUCUAAAUCAUCCUCUUACCGAAAUGCAUCCUGCGAAUCCGUACCAAGCGCCAUGCCACAAGUUAUUUACGAUUCGGAAGCUGGAAUCUGCAGAUAUUUUCUGAAAUACAUGGACAGAACCAGUACCAGAGGAGUUCUUGCAGAGGAGAAGCUCACAUUUCAGACAACCGACGAAGGGCUUGCCUCUGUAUCCGACAUGGUUAUCGGAUGCGGACAUGAGAACUACGAUUCCUACAACUUGUUCAGCGGCGUGCUCGGUCUAGGACCAGGUACAUUCUCGAUCGUGAAGCGUUUCGGCUCGAGGUUCUCCUACUGUUUCGGAGCCCUAACCGACCCGAGUUACCUUCACAACGUCCUGAUCCUCGGAGAUGGCGCGAUACUCGAGGGGGACCCGACCCGUGUCGAGAUUUCCGACGACCAGUACUUUGUUAAUCUCGAAGGAAUCAGCAUCGGAGAAAAAGAUCUCGAUAUAGAACCGGAGAUUUUCAAAAGGAACCGGUACGGAUCCGGUACGAUCAUCGAUACAGGCUGUUCCGUGACGAUUCUCGAGAGGAUAACGUACGAGAAUAUCGUGUGGGAGGUGAAUCUCCUCUUAGACGGGGUGAUAGAGAGAGCAGAGGGAUACGACACGUACACGAAGCCGUGCUUCAAGGGGAGAGUGGAGAGAGAUCUGCUAGGGUUUCCGGUGGUGAGGCUGCGGUUCGAGGGAGGAGCGGAAUUAGGGUUAGAUGCGGAGAGCUUGUUCGUCGGGAAUGGAAGCGAUGAAUUCUGCUUGGCCCUGAGGAUGAAUCUGAGCGAUGAUAGGAACGUUAUCGGAGCUUCUGCUCAACAGAAAUACAACGUAGGGUUUGAUCUUGACGACAACAAGGUUUAUUUCCAAAGGAUCGACUGUGAGCUUCUCUACUGAUUUUUUUUUUUAAAAAAAAAACGUGUGA